CUCAGGGAGCCAGUGGAUGAAGUCCUCCAGAUCCCCCCUUCUCUGCUGACAUGUGGAGGGUGCCAGCAGAACAUUGGGGACCGGUAUUUCCUGAAGGCCAUCGACCAGUACUGGCACGAGGACUGUCUGAGCUGCGACCUCUGUGGCUGCAGGCUCGGCGAGGUGGGGAGACGCCUCUACUACAAACUGGGCAGAAAGCUCUGCAGGAGGGACUAUCUCAGGCUCUUCGGCCAGGACGGGCUCUGCGCCUCCUGCGACAAGCGAAUCCGGGCCUACGAGAUGACCAUGAGGGUGAAGGACAAGGUGUAUCACCUGGAAUGCUUCAAGUGUGCUGCCUGCCAGAAACACUUCUGUGUUGGGGACAGAUACCUCCUCAUCAACUCGGACAUAGUGUGUGAACAGGACAUCUACGAGUGGACUAAGAUCAAUGGGAUGAUCUAGCAAGGACGUGUCUCAAAGUCUGUCACAGACAUCUCGCGGGCGAUGCCGGUGCCCGGCUGCAGUGAGGAGAUCGACACUGGAGCUGUGGAAUUUAAAAGGGGGGGAAACACCACGGAGGCGGCCCUUUGCAGGCAGUGCCACAUAGAAUGUAAACUACAUAUAGGUGAAGGAGGGAGAGCAAAGCAAUAGUAGAUAGACUGACUUGUGGUGACCACAUGGACAGUAAAUGACAUCAGCCAUGGGGACAAACACAACUCCAUAACCAAUUCUCCCAGCUGGGAAAGAGUAGGGACUUCUGUAAAGAGAUGUUAUGAUGUCAUCACCUGCAGACUAGGAUUGUGCAAUUAAAUUUUCUUUUUGUCUUGUUUUAAUGAAUUAAGUUUAGACUACAGCUCCCAAAUUAGGUGUGAGGAGGAAUACUGGAAGGAAAGAACCAUCCCUGACGUGGUCAUUCCACAUGGCCUUCCACUUUGGAUGGGAAAGAAAGCAGGAAGAGGGUGGGGGUUAUUUUUGCAUGGAUUUUUUGUUUUUCCUUUGGGAAUGAACAGUGCAUCCUCUAGUCCCAAACUCUUCUUUUAAAAAAUCCUGCUGAAUAGUUGUUUUUGGGCACUGCUGUUUUGAGAUGAGAUGUUCCCCAGAUCAUUUCUAUACAAAUAUAAAUCUAAAGAGUUGUUCAACUAUUUUAUUAACUUAGAUUAUAUCAAUAAAAUAUUCGUUGUGUGUAGUAAGACUCUGCAGCUUUAAUAAAAAUAAUGGAAGAAUUAA